AUGGAAAUUCCAUUUAGAAGCAUGACAACACCAGAUUUAGUACCGUGUAGUGAUCUUAACUGCUUGAACGGUGUGUGUAAAAAUGAUACCUGCGUGUGCUACGAUGGCUGGCAGGGCCCCCAGUGUCAACACUGUGGCGGCAAAAUAAAAUUAACAGAACCAACGGGUAUAAUAACAGACGGUCCAGGCAACUACAGCGUGAGCACGCAGUGUUCCUGGCUGAUAUCGCCGCCCAGACUCGGUCCCAACCCGCCUGUACUGCGCGUGCGCCUCGAGAGUUUUGCGACUGAGUGUGGAUGGGAUCACCUGUAUGUGUACGACGGUGAUAGCGUACGAGCUGAGAAAUUGUUGGCUGUGUUCAGUGGGGUGCUAGAUAAAAGCGGGUCGAGUUGGACUCGCCAGGUGAUAGCUCGAUCUGGGAGUGUGCUAUUGCAUUUCUUCUCAGACGACGCGUAUGCGAUGGAGGGUUUUAAUGUUACGUAUGCAGCGUACUCGUGCCCUUCGAACGAUCAUCGGAAUAAUUGUUCUAAUCAUGGUGAAUGUGACGAAGGUGCGUGCAGAUGUGAAGGCGACUGGGUUGGAGUGGCUUGUGAUGAACCACUUUGUCCGAACGAUUGCAACGCGGAAUAUGGUGCCGGUUUGUGCACCACAAUGGGAUGUGAAUGUACCCCCUCGAAAACCGGGAUAGACUGCAGUAGGGAUAUAAGUAUCGCGGGAUGGGGGUGGGCGUGGAGGGAGGAGGGCGAGGGGGUUGAAACUAGGCCGAAAAAUACCCCGCCCGCCAGUGCUGGACAUGUGUUGUUGAAUUAUUCGGACGAUUUGUUAAGGGUUGGUGGGGAGAUGUUUGGGGAGGGGUCGUUUUUGUACAGAUACAAAACAGCAGAAAAAGAGUGGAUAACAAUGGAGUCGAAAGGUGAAGUACCAUUGCCGAGAUUCGCACACGCGGCCGUCAUAUACGAGGACGAGUUGAUUGUGUAUGGUGGGGUGGUUGCUUCGGAGGAACUAGAGAGAGGCGGCGGUCUGGCGGGACUGGAGGGGCGCGCGGGCGCCGUCACCAACGAGGUGUGGCGCGCGGCGCUGGGCGCCACGCACGCGCACUGGCGCAACGCCACGCCCGCCGCCUGCGCGCCGCACCGAGCGCCGCCCAUCAAGCAUUGCGGUGGCCUCCACCUAUCGGGCCACACGGCCGUGCUGGUACAUAUGGGUGCGACGAAGAAACCUGUUAUGUUAGUUUUUUUUGGUCACUCACCGCAUUAUGGAUACUUGCAUCUUGUACAGGAGUAUUACAUAGAGGAGGGCGUGUGGGCGGCGGCGGCGACGCGCGGGUGGGCGGCGCGCGGCGGUUUCGCGCACUCGGCGGCGUGGGACGCGCUGUCGGCGCGCGUGUACGUGCACGCCGGCCUCGUGUCCGAGUCCGAGGCCACGCAGGCGCCAUCUUCCGCACUCUAUGAAUACGAAGUGGAAACUCGAAUAUGGCGGCCGUUGCCCCCCGCGCCUACCCCUAGAUAUUUACAUACAGCUAUUUUUAUAUCGCCUGGUAUAAUGUUAGUUUUUGGCGGUAACGCGCACAACGACAGCGCCGCCGCCAUCGCCAGCGCCGCUGACCAGUGCUACUCCGCCGAAGCGCUGUUGUACGACGUCAGAUGUAGUACGUGGUACACAAUCAGCGGACCGGAGAGCUCGUCCCGCGCGGCGCACGCGGCCGCCAUGCUGCCGCGCGCGCCGCGCCCCACCGUGAUCGUGCAUGGCGGCUUCGACGGCCGCCUCCGCUCGGACGCGCUGACGUUCACGUCGGGCGGCAAGUGCGGCGCGUGGCGCGACGAGCUCGCCUGCCUCGUGAGCGCGCGGCGCGCGGCCGUCGCGUGCGCGUGGCGGCCCGCCGACCGGACAUGUGUGGCUUUAGAAGAGAUUGGAUGGAAACAAUCACACGAUGAGUCGAUCAAGGCAUGUCAUGUGGAACCUGUGUUUGACGAGCGACGCUGCAACAGCGCGGACUACUGCGCGGCGUGCGUGGCGCUGGGCUGCGCGUGGUGCGGCGCCUGCCUCGCGCCGCAGCGCUGUCUGCGACACUCACACCAGCUGGCGCUCUCCGUGGACGAGUGCAUAGCGACGAGCACGGGCGGCGAGACGUGCGCGCGCUACCACUCGUGCGCCGCCUGCCACGCGCACACGCAUCGACAUCCACACGGCUCAGAAGAGUUAAGUCAACGAGCGUGCUAUUGGGACUACGAUACUGUGAAGUGUCGUCCGGCUAACUCGUCUACUGAUAUAAGAAGUGUAGCAGCGACCACAUCGGGCGUGUGCAGCGCCGCGUGCGCGAGUUUCAAAACGUGCGCCAAUUGUACCGCCGAGGAGUGCAUUUGGUGCGCGUCCGCUGAGCGCUGUGUGGACAAGAACGCGUACGGCGCUUCGUUCCCGCUGGGCGGGUGUCGCGCGUGGUCGACGGGCGGGUGUCCGUCCACGGGUGCGACGGGUGCAUCGGGUGCGACGGGUGCGGGGUGCAGUGCGCACGCGUCGUGCGCCGCGUGCCUCACCGAGCCGGCGUGCGGGUGGUGCGACGACGGGCUGGGCGGGGGCCGGGGGGUGUGCCUGCCCGGAGGGGAUAGGAGGGCACAUCAUCCCCACGUGUGUCCGCAUAAACGAUGGCACUUCACGUCGUGCCCGGCGUGCCAGUGCAACGGGCACGCGGUGUGCGACGCGCGCGCGCGCUGCGUGCGGCCGUGCGGCGCGCGCGCGCUGGGCGCGCACUGCGACGCCUGCGCGCCCGCGCACUGGGGCAGCCCGCUCAACGGCGGCGUGUGCCAGCCGUGCGAGUGCAACGCGCAGGCGGUGUCGUGCGCGGCGGACACGGGCCGCUGCUACUGCAGCACGAAGGGGCUCGCCGGUGAUAGGUGUGAUAAGUGUGAUAACACUAAUCACUAUCACGCUGAUAUGUACAACAAGGGGUGUUAUUACGACCUAGCAGUGGACUACCAGUUCACAUUCAAUCUAUCCAAAAAGGAGGAUCGACACCUGUCGGCGAUAAACUUCCGCAACGCGCCGGUGAAGCCGGACGUGGACGCGGACUUCAGCAUCACGUGCUCGGCGCACGCGCGCAUGAACCUCACGGUGCGCACGCGCAGCGACCGCGCCGAGCGCGUGCUCUUCAGCGACGUCAACUGCACCAACUUUAGAUAUAAGCCCUUCCUGUACAGGUUUGCGAAGUCGGAACACGCUUUCGGUGUUGAAGAGAACGUGACGCUGACGACGUUCUUCGUGUACGUGUACGACUUCCGGCCGCCAUUGUGGAUACAGAUAUCAUUCUCCCAAUACCCCAAGUUGAAUUUGCAACAGUUCUUCAUCACGUUCUCAUCGUGUUUCCUGCUUUUAUUGUUUGUAGCGGCGGCUUUGUGGAAGAUUAAACAGAGAUAUGACUUGUACAGAAGAAGACAGAGAUUAUUUGUAGAAAUGGAACAAAUGGCGUCGCGCCCUUUCAGUCAAGUUAGCAUUGAGUUAGAAAGGGGUGGAGGGGGCGCGGGCGUGCCGGCGCCGGUGGCGCUGGAGCCGUGCCGGUCGGGGCGCGCCGCCGUGCUGUCGCUGCUGGUGCGCCUGCCCACGGGCGGCAGCGGCCGCGCGCCGCCGCUGGGCGGCCUGGCGCUCGCCUCCGCGCUCGUCACGCUGGGCCACGCGCACGCCUGCGCCGCCGCCGCCGCCGCGCACGGCGACCGGUGGAGAAGGGACAACCAAUGUAAA